UUGACAUUACUUCCCAAACUGAUCAUUGACUUAAGGCUGUAGAAUUACACGUAGUCAAGUUACAACAGUUCCUUUAGUGACUGAAGUUACAAUGGCACUGGAAAAAAAAGACUUAUGACUAUUUUUCACACAUUUGUUGCAGCAUCUCCAUGGUCACGUGAUCAAAGUUCAGACAGUUGGCAACUGACUCAUUUAUGAUGUUUGCAAUGUCUUGGGAACCCACAAUAUAUAAUUUAUAUGAAGAAAGAUAAGACAAUGUUCAAUGAUGUUAAUAAGGAUAGUUUAAGUUCUGAAGCAAGUUAAAAUAUUGUAGUAGAGAAGUCAAAGCAGUGACAAGGAAAGGAUCUGUAAGCUACCAAGUGUCAUCUUGACGAGAUGGGUGGCAUAGAACUCCUUAACAAUAAAUAAAAUCAAUUUUGAAUUUCCCUUCCAUAGCAAUGAGGCUUUAAACUAGCAUCCAUUGAUAGCAUUUCCUUAUGUGUGAUCUGAACCCCUGCUAAAGCUCCUCAAUUGCACAAUCAAGCAAAUACAUGCAGAAGUCUCCAUGGUCUUCCUCAGGUUACAAAAAUAAGGACAUUUUUCAUAGGAUAGUAGAGAAAAACAAAGUUGAAAGGAAAAUGUAGAAGGAAAAACCUGCAAUGUUUUGAUUGGAACAAUAAAAACAACCGUGGGUAUCAUUCUGAUAAUGGUUAGUCGCUAACUGAAAAUUGAACACUUUUCAAGACAACUUUCUAGAGGGCUGCCAUGAAGCAACACUGACUUGAAGGCAAUUGACAACAAUAGGAAAAGCCAUUAUCUGUAGACAGUUAUUGAGAUAGAAUAAGCUUUUGAAUUCAAGAAUCUCAACUGCUUUGCCCUUGAGUCACCUGGUUUCACUGGAUUCUGAACCAAUUCCAAGCUGCGGCUUAUUAAUGUUUUUUUCUUAGAGGAAAAGGCCUAGGUGGGGUUUCUAGGGAUGGAAAAAGACUUAAGUGGGGUUUACUGGAAAAGAAGACCAAAGGUGAAAUUCUGGUUAGAGCAGUUGUGAAGUGAUAAGGGAGCAACAUUCUAUCUGAGCCAGUUCCUUCAUGGUGUUAAAUAUGUUCGUUUUCCCAGACGUUUCUGUGAUCCUAUUAACCUGGUACCUAUCAAACUAUGCCACGUUUGCUUAAAUAUGCUUUUAAGGGAAGCAUUUGUUUCUCCUCCCUUCUCUUUUCAUGCAGUGAAGAUUUUUUUUUUUUAGUUAGAACAUACUACCUCUCCAGUGUAUUUCUCAGAAUGUCUGGACUGAAUGUCUCCAUCAUUUUUUUCUUCUCAGUUGUAACUCUUUGUGAAUUUGCUAGGCGAUUCUUCAAGAGAAUUUUUCCAUCUAAGGUGUAUUUUUGUCUUGCUGGUGAAUUAGCCAGCUCCUUCCAGAUAUGUGCUUGCUACCUUGAAUUGAAGAUGCUAAGGGAGAUUGGCCCAUGGGGUGGUGGCUUUGGCCCAGAUGUGAGCCUGACUCUCUUAUUCAUAAUCUUCUUAGCUCAUGGUGUCUCUCUUGAUGGAACUGCUGCCAACCCUAUAGCCUCACUUCAGGAAUUUCUAGCUUUAGAUUGUUCUUUUGUAGGCAGUAUUGUUAAAAUUUUGGCUCAGUUUCUAGGAAUGGAAGCAGCUUGUGUUUUUACCAAGAAGUAUUGGUCCAAGGAAUUUACUCACUUCCAUAUAAUCCAGAAUUUAAUGGUCCAGGAUUGCAGCUCAUCUCUCAAUACUUCUAUCUCCCAGGGCAUUUUUGUAGAAGCCAUGGGUUCCUUUCUUUUCCAGUUAAUUAUUCUCAAGCUUCACACCUGCUCUCCCAUGUACAGAGUUCCUAUUGUGGCGCUCAGUAUCACUGCCUUGACCUAUACAGCUGCACCUGUCACAGGUGCCUUUUUUAACCCUGCCUUGGCCUCUGCUAUGACCUUUUCCUGCUCAGGAAACAGUUUACUGGAGUAUAUGCAAGUUUAUUGGCUGGCACCCAUCUCAGGAAUGCUGUUAGCCCUCUUUGUAUAUCAAGGAAAUAUUCCACGCUUCUUCCAGACAAAUCUGCUUUAUAGUCAAAAGAAAAAAUACAGAAUAUUUAAGGGGAAAGUAACGUCGAAUUCUGUUGUUGAAGAGAGGCAGACAAAAGCAGAGAAGAAGAACAGCAGUUCUGGACUGAUUAACUGAACAGAGCAAAAAAGGAUUAACACUGCUGGAUGGGAGGCAAAAGCUACUUUUCUGUGUAAAUGGCAAAUGAGGCUUAGAAAGGGCAGUUCACAUGAUAUUAUGAUAUUCCCCCGAUUGGGACCUUCAAAUUUGUCAAAUUUGUCAAAUUUCAACUCUCCUAAUUUCUAGCCAGCAUGAAAUGUGUACUAUGACUUUUAAUUGUGGUAAUUCCAUACCCAACAUAUUAACCAGCAGAAAGUUGAUGAAGCGUGUACUAUUAGAUGCACAAAGUUACAGCCUUUCCUCAAUUGUUACAAAGGCAUGCAUUCAUUAUGCUAAUAGGACUUUAAUGCUAUUUUAUGUUCAGGCCAUCUUCUUAGGAAGAUGGCUAUUCCUAGAGAUGUUCUUCAAACCAUGGUAUGCUUUUGAACAGAUAAAUAUUUUUAUGGUAUGGCUUGAAAUAAAUAGUGAAAUUUGAACAAAUGUAUUAAUAAGUAAUAAGUGUGGAAUUGCAUUUGUGAUUUCCUAUGAUAAAGUAAAAUGUUACAUGAGAUAAAAUGUUAUAUGGACCUUCUUUUCAGGCUCUUCCUGAAAUUUAAUUAAUACAAGCAGUAAUCUGGGUUUCUUUAAUGCAGUUAUCCCUAUCUGAUGCUCACAAUAAUGUGGCUAUCAUUUCUAAUUUCUUGUUAUGCGCAUUUCUGAUAUGCGCAUAAUAAGCAUAGAGAAUACAAUUGUGGUAUAUUCUCAAAGAUCCUCUUUUGGUGAUGUAUGAAAUAUCCUUAGUCAAAUGUUAAUACUCAGGAGCAAACAAUGCAGUGAUAAAAGAUACCUGGAGCUGAGUAAUAGAGUAAUAGAAUGGUAUUCCUUUCAAAGUAUCUGGCUUCAUUGAGUUUGCUUGGCAGAAUGCUGCAGAAGGGGAUCACAUGAUCACAGGACACUGCAAUCUUCAUAAAUAUGAGUCAGUUGCGAAGCAUAUGAAUUCUAAUCACUUGACCAUGGGGAUGCUGCAAUGGUCCUAAGUGUGAAAAUGGUCGUAAGUCACUUUUUUCAGUGCCAUUGUAACUUCAGUCAUUAAGUGAACUAUUUUAAGUCAGAGAUUACCUGUAAAUGUUUUAAAUAAUUAAAUAAAAACUGAGCU